CAAGGGAAGCCAUGAGCCAGAUCCGGCCGAGCGGUCAUUCCUCUCCCCAAAACAAGGUUUGGAUGUAGAGGAGAGUAAUGUCCCUACUCUGGACGAGUUUGACCAGGAGAUUGACAUCUACAGGAAUGCCCGAGAUGAGAUUUCCUCCUUGAGUGAUUACAAAGAGGUAGGCUGGCUCAGAGUUGACAUUCGACCAAUCAAGCAAGUCCUCACGACAUAUGCCAGUAAAUGGAUGUGGACUUUCACCAAGUACUUGUCAGAUCAGGUGACGAGCAUGCUGCAGAACCUGGACAUGUUCUUGAAGAGAAUUGAGCCGGAGAUUGAGAGUAUCACAGGAGAAGAGAGGGAUACAGCCUCUUUCAUGAAGAUGAUGAGGCUCUUCAAUGAGGUUUCUGCUCAGCAGGCAGAGAUGGAUGGGAAGUUCAGUGCUAUGAACAGGACGGUGCAGCUACUGAAGAAGUACGGGCAGAGUUUAUCAGCGAGAACUGAGAGCCUGUUCAUGGCCGCACCAAGUCGCUGGAGCAAUCUGAAAACUAAAGUGUCCCUGGCAAAGCAGAGGCUGGGGCCCAGGAUCCAAGAAGAGUCAGCAAGCAUCACUCAGGACCUAGAGUCGUUUGGUGACCGCGUUUUGGAGCUGAACAAGGACCUUGAGAACAGUGAUGUGUAUAACCGCGACUGUGGCAUUGACACAGCCUGGACCAUUAUUGACCAGUUUGUACAGCGCCUGACGGUUUUGGAGAACGAGGCACAGGACCUGAUUGAGCUACAGGAGUUGUUGGAAGCCUCCGUGGUGAACUUUGACCUUUUGCCGGAGUGUCGUCACGAUCUGAACAAUCUAAAGCAGAUGUGGGAAACGUACAGAGUAAUAGAUGAACAGCAGCUGACGUGGAAGAGACAACGCUGGCAGAAGAUGGACACAAAGUUUCUGAGGGAAGAGACCAAUAAGCAGCUAGACAUCGUUAGGGCUUUACCUGAAGAUGCCUUCACCUGGGAUGUGUACAUGGGUCUUCAUGAGUCCAUCACAACAAUACAGGCUUGUCUCCCCUUGAUUGAUGACUUGAGUAACCCGGCCAUGAGGACCCGUCACUGGAAGCAGCUUGUCCGUGUGACUGGGGGAGCCCUGACCAUUGACAAUGACACUCUCAAGAGAAUGACCCUAGGGGAACUACUCAGCCUUGGACUCCAGAAGCAUGGUGACGAUGUCCGUGCUAUUGUACAGAGAGCAGUAAAGGACUUGGCAAUAGAAAAGUCCCUGAAAACCUAUGAGGAAGUUUGGCUGAGUAAAGUAUUUGAAAUGCGUGAGCAUGUUUUCCGUAAGCCUGACAAUCUGGAUGUCACUGUGGACAACCAAAGCGAGGUCUCUCAGAGUCAGGAGAGUUCCCACCCCCCUGGUGUUCAGGGCGCCCGUAGCCAGGUGCGUGCCACCAGCCGUGUGUCCAACCAGAGCUCUCACAGCCGUAACAAGCGCAGCAGUGUAGCCUCAUUGCCUGCGUCACUACUCAAUGUGGGAGAGGAGGAAGGUCCUCUGGCAUUAUUACACAACACAGGGCCUAUAUUCGAGGAUCUUGAAAGUCAUCAGAUGUCACUACAGGCAAUGCAGAGCAGUUCUGCAGCUGGCUCCUUCCUAGACGAGGUGGUCAAGUGGCAGAAGAGGCUGCAGACAAUAGAGGCGGUGCUUACUGUUUGGCUGGAUGUGCAGGAGAAGUGGGUGGAGCUUGAGGACGUGUAUUCUGGGCCAGAUGUGCGUAUUGCUCUCUCGCAUGAAACUAACAUCUUCGCUCAGGCCAACAGGGACUUCAGCCUCCUUAUGCGAGCCUCAGAGAAAAACCCAAAUGUUUUGCAGUGCUGCUCCAGAAAGAAUAUUUUGCCAAUACUGGAGCAUAUGGACCACAACCUGAAGACCUGCCAUAAAGCCUUGCUCAGAUAUAUGGAGCGCAAACGCCAGAUCUUCCCACGCUUCUACUUUCUCUCCAUAGACGACGUCCUUCACAUUGUUUGUAACGGUUAUGAUCUGAACAGUGUGAAUCUCUACAUCAAUAAACUGUUUGAGAAUAUUGGAGGGCUUGUGUUUGAGGAAAUGGAUCAAAGUGACAGAUGUAACUUCCAGAUUACAGGUGUGGCCAGUUACCUGGGCGAGAGGUUAGACUUCAGACAGCCAGUAAUGUGCGAGGGUCAGAUAGAGACGUGGCUCAGCUCCUUGGUACAGGCCCUGAAGGCAGCCCUCCAGUUUCAGAUGUCAACUGCCAUGGGUGUGGAGAAACCACCGGUGAAACCCAUCAGCUAUCAACCUGUCACCACCAUACGCAAAACACAGCCAAUCACCAAGGGGGUCAGAGGCCUGGACAAAAAAUCCAAAGAGAAAGGUAGCAGCCGUGCAAGCAGCAGACAGGCUUUGAGUCGACAAGGCACUAGGUCUGAUAAGCUUCAAUCAGCUGUACAGGCGUCUCCUGCGGAACAGAGCAGUGAACAGAGUCGUCACUCAUGGACUCUGGACCAUGUGUCGGAGAUUACCUACCUGGCCACCCAGGUACAGCUCACCCAGCUGAUCCAGGAGGCCUUGUCAGGUCUUGAGGCAGGCAACAGAGAUGCCAUGCAGGCUCCUUUAGAGAAAAUCAACUCAAGUAUUAAAGCUACAACACAGCUUCUGAAAGGUUUAGAGGAUGAGAAGGAAACCCAGGUGAAGAAACGUAAAGACCAAGAUGGAGAAGGUGAGGGAGCCACAGAAGAUCCAGAGUCAUCAUCUACAGCGAAUGGCCGCCAGGCCUCAUUCCGUGGGUCAGGAUUAGAACUGACGAAUGAGGGGACUCACACUCCCAUCCCUGAAGAGAGAGCCACAUCAGUCCAAGAUAAACUGGAAGGGUCUGGUAGGGCUGACACGAUGCUGACCCCUCAGCUACUUCUCCCACCCACACUCUCCUCCCAGAGAGAGGGUCUGGACACAGAGGAUCCUCACUCCGGGAAGCUAAAGCUGCUACUUUUCCCUGGGCAGAUACAGAAACUGACCAGCCUGCUGGCCUUGCUGUCUCACCUGAGAGACCUGGUCCAUCGCCUGCUGGCCUCUCCCCACACUCACAAACCCUCACACAGCUUUCACUGGAAGGCACAGCUUCUCUACACCUUCAACACUGACACUCGCAGUGUGUACAUCCAGUGUCAUGAGAGUCAGUUCGAGUACGGAUGGGAGUACCAGGGUAGCGGCUACAGAGAGGUGAUCACCCCAGCCACAGAGAGGGUGUUUGUCAGCAUGACACAGGCAAUAAAGGCGCACAUGGCCAGCUUGUGUGUGGGCCCUGUGGAAAGUGGUCGCUUUAAGCAGAUCCAUGAGCUGAGUCGCAGGUUGGGCCAGCCUCUGUACACCUUCGUCUGUGGGCCGAAGAUGGACCAUGUCAUGCUGCAUGACAUCUUCAGAGGACUGGCUUCAGCAGGCUCCUGGAUCUGCUUCAGCAAUCUGGACCGCCUGUCCCCAGCGGUGCUCAGUGUGUUAGCUGCCCUCCUGUCCACAGUGAUGGACGGCCUCAGACAGGGAAAGACCGCCAUACACCUGAAGUCCGAGGACAUCCAGCUGAUGCCAACUGGAGCCUGCUUUGCUCUACUGGACAGCGCUAUGCCCCUACAGCCAUGCAAUCCAGACAGACUGCUGCUCUUGAACUCCACCAUGUCCCAGCUGCCGGAGGCACUGCUCAAACAAUUCAGGACGGUGUCUGUGUUACAUCCAGAUUUACAACUCACAGUCCAAGUGCUGCUGCUAAGUCAGGGGUUUGAGUAUGGGGAGGGCUUGGCUCAGAGAACCAUGCAGCUGUACAACAUGUGCAAGAACCUGCUGGGCACAAACGCUUUCAUCAGAGAGACGGCUAACCUGGGGAGUGACCAUGGAGGAGUCAGCAAUGGCUGGAGUGUGCAGACUAUGAAGUAUAUGGUGGCAGAGGCUGGGGCAGAGUUAGAACAAUCCUUGGGUGAGAGUCAGGUGCCACAUGAUGUUUAUGCCAAGUUGUCUGUUCUCCAUCAGGAGAAGGAGGAACAGGAAGAUGCUGAUAAGGAAUCACCACAGCCUCCAGGUCCACCCAGCAGGGCCAGGCUAGAGGAGAAUGCCUUAGUGUUUGCUCUCCGCAAUGCCUUCAUGCCUCGACUUCAGAAUCGAGAUGCCAGUAUCUUUGCCAGCCUGCUAGUAGACUUGUGGCCAGACACAGAUGUCCCUCUGGAGCUUGUAGCACAGUCAGACAGCUCUGAGAAUGAAACCUUUGCAGCCCUCAACUCCAAGUACCGCAUCAAAUCUCCCAAGAGUUCUAUCUCUCACAGGUCACUCAGAGAGUCUUUGAACUUGAACACUCCAGUGGUAAGGCUGUCCUCAGUGCUGACAGCCCCUAUAGUAGGGGCUAGUCAGAUCAAUAUGGGAUCACGAGACACACUGACUGACAUGACGGAUGCCAUCGCGGUGGCCACUAAUGAGCUGAGCCUACUGCCCGGAGCUGCCUUCCAGGCGCGUGUGCUACAGCUGUCCCAGAUGAACAUCUCACACCAAACAGUGUUUGUGGUGGGUCCAGCUGGCUGUGGUAAAAGUGAAUGUAUUAAAGCAUUUGCUGUAGCAGAGAGAGAGCGUGGCAAGACAAUCAACAUACAGAGUGUUUACACAAAGGCAUUGGAGUCCCAGGAACUCAUGGGGUACCUCAAUCCUGCCAACAAGGAAUGGAAGGACGGACUGAUGGCCUCUUUGUUAAGAAAGUUCUGUAUCCAGCCUGUGGGUGGUAGCAGUGAUCUGCCAACAAAACCUGUCAUCAAGAUGCUACAAUUAGAUGGAGAUGUGGACCCGGGCCAGAUGGAUCUGUUGCAGUCUGUCUUCAUUAACGAUGGAACAGUGGUUCUGGGGAACAACGAGAGAAUUACUCUGACAGAAAACAUACGUUUUAUCUGGGAGAUGGAGUCACUCAGCAGUGUGAGCCCAUCGGUGCUUGCCAGUGUGGGUGUGUUACUCAUGAGUACAUCAGACGUGGGCUGGAAGUUGAUGCUGAUGCAGUGGUUACAGCGCCGACCUGAAGCAGACAAGGAGCUGAUCAUGGGGCUGUGUGAUGUGUACAUCCCACCUCUGGUGGCCUACCUGGACCAGUGUACCACUCCAGCCAUGUUUGGGGUUUCAAGGGCUCGCACUCUUCCCCAGUACAAGAGAGUGAUUGGUCACUCCUUUGAGAACAUGGUCUCUACAUUUUGUUCUGUUCUGGAGACUCUGGUCGCCCCGUAUGUGGACCUCAGUGAUGUGGAGUAUGAGAGAUACUUUAACUUGGCCUGCAUUUGGGCAUUUGGAGGCACGCUGGCGGUGGAGCAUCGGGAGUCGUUCAGCCAGUGGUGGAGGGAACAGUUUGACCAGUAUGUGGACUACCCAGAAAAUGGAACGGUAUUUGAUUAUGUGAUUGACAACGAGAACCACAUGUUUACCAAAUGGACGGAGUUGUUGCCCCUGUACAGCGCACCCCCAAAUCUGGGAAUCCCGGCCGAUGCCUUUGUACACACCGUGAACAAUGAGCAAAUUGCACAGUUGUUGGGGCUACUGUCUGAUGUGGGUAAGCCUGUCCUACUGGUGGGGGAGAAUGGCUGUGGCAAGACGUGUAUCGUCAACGAGAGAAUACGCACAGUGUGCUCAGGGGAAGUAGCUGAGGUGCUAGCCCUCACUAUUCCAGCUAACAGGUUUACAAAUGCCAGUCUGUUGUACCAGCGUCUGGAUGAAAGGCUAGAGUGGAAGCAUGGCAAGACAUUUGUGCCUAAGGGAAACAAGCGUCUGAUGUGCCUGGUGGAUGACUUGAAUUUAGCCCAGGUGGAUAAGUUUGGCUUCCAGACUGCCCCGGAGAUGAUCAGACAGCAUAUAGAUGAUGGCGGCUUCUACAACCCAACCAGUCAUAGCUGGCGCUACGUGAAGAACGUCACUUAUGUCAGCACUGUCAACCACACAACAGCCAGCGUGCCCAAGCUCUCCAAACGCCUCCUCAGGCACUUUGCCAUUUUUGGUGUGCCCUAUCCAGGGAAUGAAGAGUUACAGACAAUAUUUAGCAUAUUGUUGACAGCAAACUUUGUGACCCCAGAUGCCCCAGGCUCAGUAUCCAUGCCCUCGUCAGCAGGGCGGCUCCUUGGUAUGCACGAUGAUAAGGUGCACAACAUCAUGAAGGUGAUAGAAGCAGCUCUGAAGAUGGUGGUACAGCUGGUCGUCAAGGUUACUGUGGAGUUACAGGAUCGUUUGAGAGGAAUGUUUCUUCCCACCGCACAAAGGUGUCACUACAUCUUCACCAUGAAAGAUCUGGCCACUAUCUUCAGGAAUGUUUGCCUGUCGCUGAACAGAGGCUGCUCCAUCAGCAGACUGUUGUCCAUCUGGCAGCACGAGUGUCACUGGGUGUACGGUCGGAGAAUGGUCAGCGAGGUGGACUACCGCCGCUUCAGACAAGCCUUCAUCACUGCGGUCAAGAAGAGGUUUAGUGAUGAAGACCAGAUCCAGAUGAUGAUCCAGCCUAUGCAGCCUUUAUUCAGUAACCUGGUAGAGCAGGAUGGCGGGGUAGUGACAGCAGGCCGCCCUCAGUCACGCCCCCUAGAUACACGCAAUGAAGACAUGGACCCUACAGACCUGUAUAAACCGUCAGCCUCCUGGGAGGAUGUCAAGCUGCUGAUGGAGAAAGGGGUGGAGGAGUACAACAAAGUUCACCCGCGCAUCAGACUAGCUCUCUACAAGAGUGUAAUAGAGGAGGUGUGUCGGAUUUCCCGGACGAUAGCCUCCCCCCAUGAGGUGGCCCACACCGUGCUGGUGUCAGAGGGUUGCGCUGGGAGGGGCUCCACACUCGUUCAACUCUCGGCCCACCUGGCAGGUUUUUCUGUGGUCCGCAUCAAUCCCAGCGCUAUGGGCAAUGCCAUGGAGUACAAGAUAGAGCAGUUUAAGGCAGACCUGGUGUCCGGAUAUACCAGGGCAGGAGUCAAGGGGGAGCGUGUGUUGUUGUUAUUGCAUGAAGAAGAGCUGCUAGAAGAGAAUUUCUUGGUGUAUCUGAUAGAGUUUAUCAUCAGUGGAAACAUUAGCUACCUGUUUACCUACGAGAAUCAGACCACCAUCAUCAACUCUAUCCGAACGGAGGUGACCCAAGCAGGAUUGACGUAUACACGAGAAGUCGCCUGGGACUUCUUCCUCAGGACUGUGCGUAACAACUUCCGUAUCUGCCUGAUAGUGGGUAGUGGCGGGGAGAAAUUCCAGAGGAGGUGUCGUGAGUACCCUGCCUUCACCAAGAGUGUCAACUUUAUCUGGCUGCCUCAUUGGUCCAAGCUACAGCUGGUGGAUCAUGCUAUGUACCAUCUGAACGGUGUUAAUUGGCUGAGCCCGGUACAGCGUGAGAACAUCGCCCACAUGUUGGCCUCUAUGCACAUCAUCCUACGACAGCAGGACGGCCAGGAGAAAACCUCUGGAGAAUAUCGCCAUGUCAACAACUCCACCUACGAGAAGUUUGUCGAGAGAUUUAUCUCCCUUGCGUGUGCUAGGCACUUGGAGGUAGAGGAGAUUCAUCAGGCUGUGACUGUCAGUCUGGAAGGCAUCAGUCGUGAGGAUGGCAUAGCUACUAAACUCCGCAAACAACUGGAACAUGAAAUGGUAGUUCUGGAGGAACGCAAAGCUGGUACCAUCAAGAUCCUGUCUCAGAUUGGUCAGGACACAGCCAUUACAGAGCAGCAGGUCAAAGUGGUCAAGGCCCAGAUGGACAAGAUAGCCAGGCUCAAGAAGCUUUUGCCGGAGUAUCAAGUGGCUCAUGAGCGUGCUGUCUACAAGGCUAUCGCUAUUGUGGCAGACACCAAGAAAGUUGUACAAAAUAUCAAUGUCGACAUGCUGGCAGAACUACGCUCCAUGCAGAAACCUAUCUUAGACAUAGAGGAUCUGAUGGCUGCCAUCAUCAUGCUCUUGAAGUCACCAACUGCUGACCUGACCUGGCAGAAAGGAGCAAAGAGACAAAUGGCUAACCUUGAGAGGUUUAUUGAGGAGCUGAUGUCGUUUGAUGAUGAGCAGUUGCCUGAGAGUACCCUGAACCUGGUGGAACCUUACUUGAAGAAGCCUUCAUUUGAGCCAGACACAAUCGAGAGGAAGACGAGUAAUGCAGCCUGUGGCUCCCUGUGUCGCUGGGUUAUAGGUGUUGUCAGAUAUCAUCGAAUGAUGAUCUCCAAAGUCAAACCACUUCACCAGAAGGUGGACGAGACGACCCAGGCUGUGGAUGAUGCGGAACACAAGAUGGCUACCCUGGAAAACAAGAGAAAGGUGCUUGAUGUUCGUCUGUCUGACCUGGCACGGGGAUUUGAAGAGGCCACCAUUGAUAAGAAUGACCAGGAAGAGAAAACACUAAACAUGAGCAAAAUGCUGGAGACCGCUGCAGAACUGAGACGCAUUCUGAAGGGUGAGCGCAUGAGGAGUCAGCAGAUCUUUGACUCUCACGAGCGCAGACUUGUCUCCAUCCCCGGGGGAUGUGCCAUGGCCAGCGCUUUUGUCACCUACCUGGGACCGUAUCACCACAACUUCCGCAGAAUGAUGCUUACCGUCCACUGGCCAAACUGCUUGAGAGAGAGGGGAAUCCCCCUGGUCAUAGACUCCAUCGAUGGCCUCAAAGGUCGAGUGAUAGACUGGAGUAUCGAUGGUCUGAGGACGGCUUCGGGCGCCAGCUCUGUGUAUGAUAUAGAUUACAUGUCAGUGUUAGAGGAGGAGCAGGCAUAUGCUGAGGCCGCUGAGCAAGCUCAGCAAGCGGGCAGUACGGACGGAAAAGAAGACAGUGUAGAAGAGGGAGAAAAGCCAGCAGUUGAUGUUGAGGUAGAAGGGGAAACAAGUGCUCCAGGCGUAGACACAGAGCGUGGAGGGGACAAUUCUGUGGUUUCAGUGUCUGAAGAUCAUCCAAUGGCUGGCUCUGAAAGUGGCCACCUUGAGGCUCCCUUGGAUAAGAUCCAGGAAGAGGGCACUGAGGAUGGGUCUGUGUCUCAAGCACUGACAGAAAGCUCCAGCCCAAUGAUAACAACCUUACAGUACAACCAGUAUAUCCGCAGUCUGGUUAAACUGCUGGUAGGGGAGAAAACCCUGGACACCUGGAUAACGCAAGACUUCGGCCCACGGCAGAUGGAAAAUGCAGCCAUGCUGUGCUCCUCCUGGCAGAGACCCCCAAUGUUGAUAGACCCUAAUGGGGAUGGAAUCCGAUGGCUGACUGUCCUCCAUCACUCGGCCAGGAACAGCAAGUUGGUCAUUCUGGACAUGGAACACAGGACCGACCCACAUGUACUGAUGACUGUAGAGAAAGCCAUCCUGAGAGGUAAACAUUUGCUCCUGAAGAACUGUGAGGAAAAGAUAGAUAAUGUGAUAUCUCCGCUGAUCCACCACAGUACCACUGCUGAGGAGCAUGAAGAGCAUGGAGAGCCACGGAUGAUUCGUUUCUGUGAGCGUCGUGUGCUGUGUCACCCCAGCUUCCGCCUGUACAUGUCCACCACCCUGGCCAAGCCUCGCUUCAACCCGGAGAUUGCCAGCACCACCUCCCUCAUCAACUACGGUGUCUCUCAUGAUACCCUCAUAGAGGACAUCCUCACCAGAGCCUUUGCCCUUAUAUGCCCUGCGCUGUAUCAGGAGAGACGACUGGCACUGAACAACAUCCAGCUGCAGAGGUCUACGCUGUUUAGGAUCGCAGAGAUGACAAAGAACAAGGUCAUGUCCAUGGACCAGACUAAGUCUCUCAGUCGCGGAGGCCAUGAGCUACAGCUUAUCACAGAUAUCAGGAACACCAAAGUUGAUAUUGCUACACGCCUUACAGAGACUAGGCUCAUACUACAGGAGCUGGAGAUCCUGAGGGAUGAGUUGUUCCCCCUGGCAAGGAGGGCUGCUGUGUUGUAUGCCAUCUUGCGCAGUAUGGCUUGUGUGCAUAAAGAGUAUCAGUUCUCCCUCAAGUACUUCAUCUCUCUGUUUGAUGAGGCUGUUGGUGGAGAACUGCCCACAGACUUCACUGAGUUCCUGGAGAUGGCACAUAGCACAGAAGAAAUCAGCGAUGACAGUACCACUGACAUUACAGGUGACAUCCUCCUCCACAGCAGAGCAGCCCAUGCCCCAGCAGCCAACACAGGAGGAAGCUCAGCCGAUCGAGGGAGCUAUGAGGAGGACUUUGAGGAGAGCAGCAUCAUUAAACAGGACAAACAGGAUGGUCAAGAAACCACAGAUGAAUCAGCCAGUACAGAGGCUGCACAGAAUCUUCUAGCAGCAUCAGAGUCCCUAGAACUGACGACAGUGGACAUCCCAGAGAUGGCCACCCUUCCUUCCACAGGCGUGGAGUACACCAGCAUGUCAACCAAUCAGAUCAAACAGCUUUCAGACAAACUCACGGCCCUCGUCUUCCAGCGUGUCCGACAAUGUUUGUAUGAAGAGGACAGCUUGCUGUUUGCCACCAUGAUGUGUCUCAACAUGCAGGCAGAGGCUGGCCAGAGCUUUACAGAAGAGGAAAUGUCCCUUCUACUCCAAGGAAACCCUGGGCUGGGCAUGCAGCUCAGCCUGCUGGACUUUGACUGCGAGGCAGACCCACCUCAUUGGCUUCACAAGGAGAAAUGGGAGGACAUGUUAGCUAUCUCCGUACUUCCCGGGGCCCUGGACAGCUUAUGUGCUAAGAUGGCGACUAACUCUGAAGCAUGGGAAGCCUGGUACAAGUCUCCACAUCCUGAGUGUGAGCCAAUCCCCCAGCCUCCGUCUGCCACAGGCCACGACCAGCACACAGGGGAUGGGGUGGAUCGGGACAACAACAUGGCCAGUCCUGACCUGGGCAACCUCACCGACUUCCACCAGCUGUUGAUCAUACGCAUGUUACGCCCAGACAGACUGCCAGCUGCGAUGCUCAAGUACGUCAACAAGCACCUGCAUCUGAACCUGACGGAUGGGCCUAUCUUCAGGAUGUCAGAUGUGCUGACUGACGCAGCUCAGCACCUGGGGGUCUUGGUUCUUCUACCCCCCAGUCCUACGCACCCCAAAUGUCACCCAGCUACACAAUUUGGGCUAACACAGCCGCCAGUAGAAGUUUUAAAGUCACUGGCAAAGAGCUCCAUGACAACUGUGGAGAGUGUGAAGAUAGAAGACGGCUGUGAAUUGCUCUUAGGAGAAGCCAUGGAGACCGCCGAGAAAAACGAGGGCUGGCUAAUCAUCGAGAACCUCCACCUGGCUACAGAGAAGAUCUUCACAGACCUCAAGUAUCAGCUGCUUAGAGUCGGCAAAUCUAGAGAUGUGAUGGAUGCUGAGAAGAGGAAGAGCUCUAAGUUCUGUGUGUUUGUGACAACUGAACCAUGUGAAGACCUCCCUCUCUUCCUGCUACAGAACCUCCAUCAGCUGACUUGGGACAAGUUUUCUUCCACCUCCAUGAGCCUGGACCAGCCUACUGCAUCCUCAGAGCUCCUCCACCCUAAUCUCUGCUCAUAUUCCUAUCCCCCCUCAUGUUUACACAAUGCCAUCGUGAGCAGCCUGAAGCUGGUACCAGAGGAGGUGUGGAGUGAGGUGCGGGAUGGGACACAGUUUGGAAAGUGUGCAGUGUUUGGGGCAGCUGUAAUACAGGGUGUGCUGAGGGCAAGACAAUUGUUUGGGGCUUCAGGUCUCUCCCAGUGGUACCCCUUCACCAGCGUUCAGAUCACACACGCUAUCAAAACUAUCUUGUCUGCAGAUCAAGAUGACAGUAGGGAGCUGCAAACUGACACACUCUCAUUCCUCUUGUCUAAGAUCGUGUUUGGGAAUGUGAUGAUGAGUGAGAGUGACCAGCGGUAUGUGACAGCUCUGGUACAGCAUGUCCUCACCCAACUCAACCUGAGCAGCUCGGGCAAACUCAGCCUGGGCUCUACAGCUAUACCCACACCGCCAGCCAACGUGGAUCCGGCUGAUUAUGCCACAUGGUACGAAGAACAGACUGCUGAUCACAGAGAUUCACUACAGGCGCUGUCAGUGCACAGCUCUGUGGAAAGGGAGGCAAAUGCGGCCAGUUCCACAGAAUUUGUGCGUCACUUGGAUCAUAUGUUUGAGACCCAGAACCUUGAAGCAGGAGACAUCAUCACGGACACACUGGCAGACAGCGUCAGGAUCAAGGGGUUGCGAUCUUCCCUAGACAUCUGUAUGGAACAGUUACCUCCUUUGUUAGAGCUGGGCCAGGCGCUAAGUUUGGUGUCCCAGGAUUAUGACUUCCCUUACCAUCACCCCAGUGUGCUCAGUGUGGCUAGUGUGUCCAGCACACUGAUGCCAGAGUCUAUAGGCUAUGUACUACUGCAGGAGUGCCUGUGGUUCAACUCCGUCCUGUGCCACAUUCGUCAACAGAUCCAGGACAUACAGGAGAUAAUCUUGGCUGGCCCAGAGGCUUUUUCUGCCCGCCUCCUGCCCACGGUGUACAGCCUUCAAGAGGAACACAUCCCCAUCAGCUGGACCCAUCCUAACUGCCAGCCCUGUACCCACUCACUGCUGUCCUGGCUCAAAGACUUGAGACAGCGGUAUGAGCAGCUGAACUCCUGGGUGAAGCACGGUAUGGUGCCAACCUUCAGGCCCGACGGAAGUGUAGAGAAUGCUGCCAUCGCCCGUGGCUCUCUGUACAAGGUGUGGCUAGGAGGCUUGGUCAACCCUCGGGCUUUGUUCACAGCGCUCAGACAGGAGAAGGCUUAUGUGGCCAAAUGUUCUGCAGAUCAGGUGAGAUUCAGCUGUGAGGUAACAGACAGCGCUGAUCUGGACAGCGUCUCUCAGCUACAGGAGGGAGGAAUCUUUGUGGAGAAUCUUCACCUAAUGGCCGCCAGCUUUGACUCAGAGAGGGGCUGUCUGGAGGAGGCCAGGUCUUCAGUGCACACGCUGAAGAUGGUGUAUAUUUGGCCUGUGACGGAAGAUGAGAAUCAAUCCAGCAAGUCGGAGGAGACAGAAGACAGGAGUCGCUACUACCACUGUCCUGUAUAUGUCAACAAGAGCCGUCAACUGGAAGUGCUGACCUUGCCAUUACCAUGUGAAGGGGACCAUAGACGCUGGAUUUUGUCCUCAACUGCAAUGAUGUUAGACCUAGGUCUGCCUGAGGAUGGCUGUAAGAAGUCCCGAUCCUAUCUGCUGCUGCAGAAGUUACCUGCUGGUAACGGCCUGGAGUCCAUGCCUGGUACAGCAAGGACGUCGGACUUAGUUGAUGAAGACACCUAUGGAUUUAGAAACUACAAAGAAGGGGCAGCUAGUAAGGCUUCAGGGACUCAACUUUCUGAGCAGUCUCAACUCUCUUACAAACCCAUGACCCCAAAGGCCCUGCCCCUGCCUUCGGGUCUAGGGCUUACCCGGGAACAACCCCUCAUAGAAGAGACCCACCUGCAUAAGGAGCCAUCUGAAUCGCAGAAGGGAGAGGGAUCCCAAUAUGGCAGCUCCCAAGCCAGCCUGAAGAAAGCCACAAGCAGGCCUGAGAUAAAGGAAGACAAACAACUGCCCACACAGGAAUCUUCAAGUCACAGCCCGAUGGCAAACAAAGAGGCUCAGCUCAGUCAUGCUAACAACAAUGAACAAACAGCUGAUGAAGGGUUCGGCCUUGUCAAAACCCCAUCACCCAAGCCUCCCUCUGACCCCAAGCCCCCAUCUGGCUCUCGUAGACAGUCUGGGGUGAGAAGAAGAAGUCAGCAGGGAAGCCCGGUCUUGCUGACAGACAGACGUUCUCCUGCAGACAGCAACCAAAACACCACUCAGCUCGGGAACAGAGAGGAUCGCGACUCCCAGGGCUCAGCACUGUCAUUGAGACAAGGAGUGCAUGGCCAGCAAUCAAAGGAAGAGGAACAGAUUGACAACGUAUCAGCGGCCUCUGGAACACAAGGGCAGUAUGAGUUUCAGACAGAGCUUCCUCAGGAUGCCAGUAACAAGGCACAAGUAAACCAAGAUGACAGUGACAAGACACAGCCAAGUCAGCAGCCAAUCAAAGCAAAGAGCUCCAUGCUGUAGGAG